AAAGGGUAGUAAAAAUGAGUUCCAAUUCCAAAGAGAAUGAGCUUCCCAGAGAGGUAGCAAAGGUUGAUGAUGCUUACCUUUCUGCUUUGUUACUAUGUUUUAGUAGGAUCUUUCCUGCAAUCCUAAAUGCUGCUAUUGAUCUCAACUUGUUUGACAUCAUAGCUAAGAAACAGAGUUCAUGUGGUUCAAGCUUGUCUGCUUCUGAGAUUGCUUCUCUGCUUCCAAAUUAUGAACACCCAGAAUUGGCUAACAGGCUUGAACGCAUGUUAACUGUGCUAGCUAGUUAUUCUCUUCUGAAUUGUUCCAUUCGCACCAAUGAAGAUGGUAAGAGAGAAAGAGUUUAUGCUCUCUCACCCAUUGGUCAAUACUUUGCUUCUGAUAACGAUGGAGGCUCUUUGGGUCCACUCUCAACUUUAGUGCAUCGAGGAUAUUAUGACAUUUGGAAGGAUGUGAAGGAUGCAAUUGUGGAUCCUAAUAACAAUAACCAUUUCGAAAAAGUUUAUGGAAUGCCCGCUUAUCAAUAUAUGAAGAGAGAUAAAGAGCUGAAUCACAUUUUCAACAAAGCAAUGGCCCAUGCCGGCCCAUUAGACAUGAAAAGGAUCCUUGAGCUAUAUAAAGGAUUUGAGGGAAUCUCAACACUUGUUGAUGUAGGAGGUGGAUCAGGGCAGGGCUUAAAACUGAUUAUCUCCAAGUAUCCUUCAAUAAAAGGAAUUAAUUAUGAUUUGCCUCAAGUGGUUCAAGAUGCACCAUCAUUUCCAGGAAUAGAGCAUGUAAGAGGAGAUAUGUUUGAAAGUGUUCCAAAAGGGGAUGCCAUUUUACUAAAGCUUGUAUGUCAUAAUUGGUCAGAUGAAGAAUGUGUGAAGUUUUUAAAAAAUUGUCACCAAGCUUUGCCACAGCAUGGAAAGGUGAUUGUUCUGGAUUAUAUAAUUCCAGAAAUACCGGAUUCAAGCAGAAUAUCUAAGCAUACUUGUGCUCUUGACAAUCUCAUGUUUAUGGUACAUGGUGGAAAGGAAAGAACUGAGAAAGAAUUUGAGAGUUUAUGCAGGAAUUCUGGAUUUUCCAGAUUUCAUGUUUCUUGCACUGAUGUCUCAGCUAUGUCAGGAGUGAUGGAAUUUUAUAAAUAAAUGUUACUGAGCAGUAACUUAUAAUCUCGAUAUGUUUUAGCAAUCUUGAAAAUAAGUUUCGGAGAUGAAAAUAA